UGCCAACGCUACCUUGGGCAGUUCUGUAGAAAUUACUUUCCUACUUCUUCUUUACCUGGUUGAGGUGCUUGAGCAUGUUCCUUAGAUCCCCCAUGUAUAUAAGGCUUCUAAGUUUUCCUGGGUGGCACUUUGUUACUUAUAUUUGAGGGAGCAGCACUUCUUUUGGAUCUUUUGGACUUGGAUCUCCUCAGUUCAUUGUGUCCAAGAGAUGUUUGUCUAUAAAAUCCAAGUGGUAACUGGCCAUUUCAAAUGUGCCAGGACCCUGGACUCCAUCUCAAUCAUUCUCAUUGGGUCUUGUGGAGAAAGCACCAAACACAAACUGGAUAAAUGGGGGAAGGAUUUCCUACCCGGAGCUGUGGAUGAGUACUCAGUGAGCAGUAAGGAAGACCUGGGAGAGAUCCUGCUGGUCCGUAUCAUUAAGGAACAGUACUUGUUCUUCCCAACUGAUACCUGGUUCUGUAGCUACAUCACCGUGACCUGCCCCAAGGGAGAACACUAUCGCUUCCCACUCUACAAAUGGAUCGAAGGCUUCGUGACUGUGGAUGUUCCCCAGGGGAAGGGCAUCAUUGUAACCGACGGAGUCAGCCCCAUAGUGAGACAACAGAGAGAAUCAGAGCUGGAGAAGAAGAGAGAGACAUAUGGAUGGAAAACCUACAUGGAAGGGGCCCCUCCCUGUAUCAACGCAGACUCUCCCACAGACCUGCCUCCUAACGAACAAUUCUCCUUUAUGAAAGACUCCAGAUUUAGCUUUUCUGCCGUGUCGGGGACGGUUGGGCAGAAGAUCCUUGGUCUCUCCAACUGCAAAGAAUCCUGGAAAGACCUAAAUGAUAUCAAGAAAGUCCUUGUCAUUGAAGGAACAGAAAAUUCAGAUUUGACAUCUGAGUUGUGGAAGGAGGACACAUUCUUUGGGUACCAGUUUUUAAAUGGACCAAACCCCGUCAUGAUAAAGGGGUGUCUCCGAAUUCCUGAUAAUUUCCCCGUUGCUGAUGUCACCGUUUCGGCGACUAUGGGGCCAUCAACCAAUCUCCAGACAGAACUGCAGAACAGAAACAUCUUCCUGGCAGACUACAAGAUCCUCGAGGGGAUCCCUACGAAUGUUAUUAAUGACGAACCCCAAUAUCUCGCUGCCCCAAUGUGCCUGCUCUGGAAAUCCCCUCAGAAUAAAGUUGUCCCUUUAGCCAUUCAGCUAAAUCAAACCCCAGGGGAGGAGAACCCAAUCUUCAUGCCCACUGACCCCAAGUGGGACUGGACUUUGGCCAAGAUGUGGGUGCGCAACUCUGAAUAUCAAGUCCAUCAAAUUGUAACCCGUUUACUCUACACUCAUCUCUUUGCUGAGGUCUUCACCAUUGCGACCAAUCGGCAACUCCCAAUGGGCCACCCCAUCUACAAGCUCCUCGUCCCGCACCUUCGCUUCACCUUGUGGAUCAAUAUACUCGCCAGGGAUGGCCUUAUUGGCCCAGGAAGUGACUUUGAUCAGUUCGCUGCCACUGGAAAGGGGGGAGUCCCACUGGUCCUUGCAAAAGCCAUGACAAUUUUGACCUACAGCGCCCUGUGCCUCCCCGAUGAUAUAGAAAGCCGAGGGGUAGAAUUCCUUCCCAAUUACUUCUACAGAGACGAUGGGAUGAAGAUCUGGCAGGCGGUGAAGAGCUUUGUGGCCAACAUUGUCCGUUACUAUUACCCGAGUGAUGAGUCUGUGUAUAAGGACCCAGAGCUUCAGGCUUGGGUGGCAGAGAUAUAUAAGGAAGGGUUCCUGUCGCUCCAGUCCUCAGGAAUCCCAUCAUCCUUUGCAACCCGCUCUGAACUCAUCAAAUACCUGACUAUGGUGAUUUUCACAUGUUCUGCUCAACAUGCGGCUGUCAACAGUGGGCAGUUUGACUUCUACUCCUGGAUGCCCAAUGGUCCAUCCACCAUGAGGAAGCCUCCCCCCACCACUAGAGGCACCGCCACCUACCAGAGUAUCCUGGAGACGUUACCGGCUGUUAAUGUAACUGCUAUAUCUGUGGCUUAUGUUCAUCUGCUCAGUACAGAAGCCAUGGACCGGAGACCCCUGGGGACGUAUCCAGAUGAGCACUUUACUGAGGAAAUGCCAAAGAUAUUCAUUAAGGAAUUCCAGGAGAAGCUGGCGGAGAUUUCCAAGGUUGUCAAGGAACGGAACCAGAGCAAGAGACUGAAAUACCAUUACCUGGAUCCGGAGGUGAUUGAGAACAGUGUCUCCAUCUAGUCUGGGCCCAAGAGAGCCAAUCGGUGUCUCCAUCUAAUCUGGGCCCCAGAGAGCCAAUCGGUGUCUCCAUCUAGUCUGGGUCCCAGAGAGCCAAUCGGUGUCUCCAUCUAGUCUGGGUCCCAGAGAGCCAAUCAGUGUCUCCAUCUAGUCUGGGCCCCAGAAAGCCAAUCGGUGUCUCCAUCUAGUCUGGGUCCCAGAGAGCCAAUCGGUGUCUCCACCUAGUCUGGGCCCCAGAGAGCCAAUCGGUGUCUCCACCUAGUCUGGGUCCCAGAGAGCCAAUCAGUGUCUCCACCUAGUCUGGGUCCCAGAGAGCCAAUCGUUGUCUCCACCUAGUCUGGGCCCCAGAGAGCCAAUCGGUGUCUCCAUCUAGUCUGGGCCCCAGAGAGCCAAUCAGUGUCUCCAUCUAGUCUGGGUCCCAGAGAGCCUAUCGGUGUCUCCAUCUAGUCUGGGCCCCAGAGAGCCAAUCAGAUUUUCCAUCUAGUCUGGGUCCCAGAGAGCCUAUUGGUGCUCCCAUUGAAAAAUACGCAGUGGCCAAGGAAGGACUGUCCAGGUCAAAACUACCUGCCCGGUUUUCCAGAUUAGUAAUGCAGACAGGACUAGGACAUCAGAGUCUGAUGUUUGAUUGGCCAAUAGCCAGUCACCAUGUCAUAGCCCCCCUUGUGACAUCACACAUUAGCUGACAUCAAUUGAGAGACACUGAAUUCACUUCCCUAAACAGGGGGGUCAUUAGGGAGAGUUUGAGAGUUUUGAAGGAAAGGGGGGAGUCCGAUGGCUCGAGGCAGAGAGUUCCAGAGACAGCAGAAGCCCCCAAGAGAGAGAGAGACAUAUUACAGUCAGAAAUGAGAAGAGAGGGAAGGGCAGAAGCAGGGGGCAGGUUGGGGAGGAAGGGUGUUGUGAGAGCAGAGCUGAGAUAUAAGGGGGGGGCUUCAUGGUUAAGGGCCCUGAAUGUGAGUGUUAGUGAAUUGGAUUCUUGAGGGGAUUUGGGGGCCAGAGAACAGAUAUACAUGGGGAGCGGCUGAUGUGUCACUGUGUAUUGACUUGACGUUGUGGGACGUUGGAACUGCCUUUUUGUUCCCCAUAGAGCAGUGCUGUCCAACUUCUACGGUGCCG